AUGCCUAAGCUGCCAGCCCUCUUAUGCUGCACAUGCACAGCCCUCACACUUGCCCUCGCGCCGCCAUCGGUGCUCAUUGUAGGAGGGACUGGUCGCAUAGGCACCGCAGUAGCAAUCCAUCUGCUGCAGCGUCGGCCGGAAUUGCAAAUCACGUUGGCCGGACGAAGUGCCGAGCGUGGCCGCGCCGCCGCUGUCGAGGUGGCAGCCGAGGUGGCAGCCGAGGCAGCCGACUGCGGCUUUCUAGAGCUCGACUACCGCGACGCCGCCGCGAUGCGCGCGGCUUGUGAGGGUCAGGAUGCGGUCGUGCACGUCGCGGGCCCCUUCGUCGGCCAAAACAAGCUGGAGCCCCUGAAAGCUGCCAUCGCGAGCGAAACGCCCGUGUAUGUGGACGUGAGCGACCCGUUGGAGUACAUCGAUGAAGCGAAGGCGCUGGACGCGCGAAAGACGUCUGCCUUAUUAUGUGCUGGCGCCUUCCCCGGUUUCAGCAACGUGCUGGCCGUGGAGGCCGCGCAUUUAUUGGGAGAACCUGUGAAGGACCUCAACUUCAGCUAUUUCACGGCUGGCCUGGGGGGCAGUGGGGCAAUAAACCUCGACAUCACCAAUUAUGGUUUUGGGCCGCCCGUGCCUCGCAUCGUGGCCGGCGAAGCCACGCGUACUGAGAACUACGCGGGGACGGACUUCGGGACCAUUGCGUAUGAUGGCCUCAACGCCGAGUGCUGGGCGUGGCCGUUCCCCGAGGCGGCGACGACGGGCGAGUUCCUCAAAAUCACCGGCUCGUCGCGCGCCGGCAUGGGGACGGCGCCGGCCAUCUGGAACACUGUCCUCAGACUCAUGGUCGCCGUCGUGCCGCGCAAAUGGUGGUCCUCCAAGCGCUUCUCCGAGGGCCUCGCGCGCUUCUCGGAGCCGCUCGUCCGCGUCACCGACGCGUUCGUCGGCGAGGCGCACGCGAUGCGCGUCGACGUCUCGUCGGCGACGUCGGAGCGGUCCGUCGCCGCGGUCCAGCGCCACGACUCCUUCCGACGGUGCGUCGGCCAGAGCUGCGCCGAGUUCGUCCUGGACGCGCUCGACCAAGCGACGCCGGGCGUCGCGCUGCCCGAGGAGCGGUAUGCCGAUCGAGCACCGCGCGAGCGGAUCCUGGCGCGGCUCUCGACUACUCCCGGGACGACGGGGUACCGCGUGGGGUAAUGUUGUGAC